UUCGACAGGGUAUUUCCUAAAUAAAGGAAUGUUUUUUUAUUAUCGAGGGAGAUGAACUGGUCGUGACCUGAGAUCGAAAGGGAGUUUCUUUCGUACCAUUCUUCGGAUCGUCUCUCCAAUUCGAUCGAAGUUCGAGCAAUUUUCGAUUCUUCGAGAGCCCGGCAAACAUAAAGAGAGAGAUGCGGGGGGCUGUGCUUGUGGCGGUCGCUGCUACAAUCGGUAAUCUGUUGCAGGGAUGGGACAACGCAACCAUCGCAGGGGCGGUCCUCUACAUCAAGAAGGAAUUCGAUUUGGAAGGUCAACCCACGAUCGAAGGGCUGAUAGUGGCCAUGUCGCUCAUAGGCGCCACCGUGAUCACGACCUUUUCCGGGCCCGUGUCAGAUUCGAUCGGACGGCGCCCCAUGAUGAUUAUUUCCUCGAUUCUCUACUUCCUCAGUGGUUUAGUGAUGCUGUGGGCUCCCAAUGUCUACGUCUUGCUACUGGCGAGGCUCCUAGACGGAUUCGGGAUCGGUCUCGCCGUCACCCUCAUUCCGGUUUAUAUAUCUGAGACCGCCCCGCCCGAGAUCAGGGGGCUCCUGAAUACCCUGCCUCAAUUCACCGGUUCUGGCGGAAUGUUCCUAUCAUAUUGCAUGGUAUUUGGAAUGUCCUUGAUGGAUUCGCCGAGCUGGAGGCUAAUGCUCGGAGUUCUCUCUGUUCCCUCUUUAGUCUACAUCGGAUUAACGAUUUUUUUCUUGCCCGAAUCUCCUCGAUGGCUUGUCAGUAAAGGCAGGAUGAUCGAGGCCAAUAAGGUCCUCCAGCAGUUGCGCGGGAAGGAAGACGUCUCGGGUGAGUUGGCCUUGCUAGUCGAAGGUCUCGGAGUUGGAGCCAACACAUCCUUAGAAGAGUACGUUAUCAGCCCUGCCGACGAGGAAACCGACAAGCACAAGUCGAGCAUGGCUCAAAUUAACGGGCACAAGCCUCCGCAUCAUCAAUCAUGGAUCGGCAAACCAGUAACCGGACAGAGCACCCUGAACAUGCUCUCCCGGCAUGCCAGCUUGGUCACUCCUCUGAUGGAUCCGCUCGUCUCUAUGUUUGGCAGCGUCCACGAGAAGCUCCCCGAGACAGGAAGCACGCUCUUCCCGACCAUGGGAAGCAUGUUCGGAUUGGGAGAACAUCACACCCACCAGAACGAGCUUUCAGACGUGGAAAGCCAAAAGGAUGCGGUGGACAGUGCGUCCGAUGCCGAUGUGGCGGAUUCCCACGAUAACUUGCGGAGCCCGCUAUUGUCCCGCCAAGCGACCACAGACAAGGAAUGUGUGGGAAACAAUGGAAGCGGCCACGGUUUGAGCAUGAGACAAAGUAGCAUCACUCUGGAAAGCGGCGGGCAACUCAGCAGCACUGACAUUGGUGGAGGUUGGCAGUUAGCUUGGAAGUGGUCAGAGAAGGCGGGUGAGAAUGGGAAAAAGGAGGGAGGGCUUCAGAGAGUUUACCUGCAUCAGGAUGGUGCUGCAGCCUCGAGGUACGGCUCAAUGCUCUCGGUUACCGGUGGCGGGAUACCUGAAGGAAGUGAAAUGGUUCACGCUUCCGCUCUCGUGAGCCAGUCUGUCAUUGGUCCUGAGGGACUAUUCAUGGGUCAGAAUCCAGUCGACGCAGUCAUGAAGACGAACCAGGAAACCAACACUAAAGGGCCAAGCUGGCACGACCUGUUUGAACCGGGCGUGAAGCGCGCACUUUUUGUUGGAAUUGGAAUUCAGAUCCUUCAACAGUUUUCUGGCAUAAAUGGGGUUCUCUACUACACACCACAGAUUCUCGAGCAAGCCGGUGUCGGGCUCCUCCUAUCUAAUUUGGGGCUCAGUGCUGCUUCUGCUUCUCUUCUCAUAAGCGGUCUCACGACAUUGUUGAUGCUCCCGUCAAUUGUUAUUGCUAUGAGGCUAAUGGAUCUCUCUGGCAGAAGGUCACUACUUCUAUCCACAAUCCCAGUCCUGAUAUUCUCGCUGUUCAUCUUAGUCCUCAGCAGCAUCAUCAACAUUAGCACCAUGGUGAAUGCCAUGAUCUCGACUACCUCUGUCAUUGUCUACUUCUGCUUCUUUGUCAUGGGGUUCGGCCCGAUCCCCAACAUCCUGUGCUCCGAGAUCUUCCCUACUCGAGUGCGUGGCAUCUGCAUUGCAAUCUGUGCACUCACGUUUUGGAUCGGCGACAUCAUCGUCACUUACACACUCCCCCUGAUGCUCUCCUCCUUUGGCCUGAUCGGCGUGUUCGCUAUCUAUGCCGUUGUGUGCAUUGCGUCAUGGUUCUUCGUUUUCCUCAAGGUUCCUGAAACGAAGGGCAUGCCCCUCGAAGUUAUCUCCGAGUUCUUUGCUGUGGGUGCAAAGCAGGCUUCUACCGCCACAGAUUAGUGAAUUUUUGCAGAUUCAAAGAGUUCCCGCUUUUCUGGCCUGUGAAGUUUCAAUAUUUCGAUUCUGUUAAAAGACUUCUCCAAUGCAAGAUGCCGAGUAGUGUAAAUUAGACGAUGGUUUCCGGCGACAGGGUGAUCGAUUUGAGCCUCUGUUAUAUGAAUACAAGAGAGUAUCAUUACAUAUGGUCAUCGCGACAAUGUCGACCGAAAAGGGAGUCCAUCCGGCAUAAGAACGGGCAAUGUGAAAAGAUAGAAACAAUCUCUUGCUCGUACUAGAUGAGCUGACAUGUUUAGAAUUUUCCCAGGAAUAUCAGGUCAAGUUGCCGAGUCUUUUGCUCUGAAACUCCCAAUAACAGCAACUGUGUAAUGGCUUUGUCCAUCAAUUGCUCUUUCCAUCAUGAAAAGCAUGUCGUUUUCAAUUUGCUCUUCCGUUCUGUU